AAGAUAAAUUUUACAUUCAAGAAAAAAUACCUAAUGAUAAAAUAAAUUAUAUUAUUAACAUAUCUGUUGAUUAUUGGAUUACUUCUUUCAACACGAAACAUCUAAGUACAUCUGAAGCAAGAGAUGGAUUUUUAUAUUUCAUAAAUACGAUUAAUAAUACUUAUUAUGAUAAUCAAAAUAUUAAUCUUUUAGAUAAAAAUAAUACAUUUUUAACAUCUUUAAUAGAUUAUACUAAAAAGAAAAUUGGAACAAUUUUAACAAAUAAUCAUAUUGAAACUAUUAAUUAUUGGGCUGAAAAAAUACUUUAUCAUCUUACACAUCAUAUUUAUCGAGAAAUUUUAUUAUUGAAUAAAAAUACAAAUCAAAAAUUAAUAGAUAGAUUAAAUUUGAAUAAAAAAUCAAAUGAAAAAAAUAUAAAUCCAACAUUAUUAAGAAUAGAUGAAGUUUUAUUAAAUUUAGAUAUUAAUUUUUCACAAAAUGAUACAAUCGAAGAAAAAAUAGAUAAGAUAAUUACAUAUUCUAAAAUUAUGAAAGAAUUUUAA